AUGACUAGAGCCAAGAGGCGGACGAUCGUACGCUGGUCCGGUAUGAUCUUUCUUCAUGAUAACUGUCCGCGAUAUUCACUAACUUGCCUCACAAUUUCAGAUGACCUUGACCAGUUACUCCUGUUGACCAUCCAUUAUGUCUGCAGCGCGAAAAACGUCAAGAUACCCUGGGCCGAGGUCGCGCAAGUGAUGGGACACAAUACAAGCGAGGGGGCCAUAGUUCAGCAUCUGGACAAGGCGCGCAAGAAACGAGCUGCAGAAGGAAAGGCGGUGCCUCCGCCUCGCAAGAGAGGCUCUGCCGGGGGUGGCGGGGGUGCUUCGAGAACGAUACAUGCUCCAAUUGCACAAGGACGAAAGGCUCAGAUGCCUGCUCCUGAAAGCUGCGGCAGUUCGGACGAAGAGUGGGUUGAAAACGGGGGCUUGCAGCGCAAGAGGCCGCGUAGGAAGGCCCGAGCAAUCUACGCAGAGCUUCCCAAGCCCGAGUCUGAGGAUUCGGAGGAUAGCGACAGUGAGAUGCUAGUCCCCAACGCAGACUUCCUCCAGCUGCCGAAUGACAGGAAUCAGCCAAAGGGGCAGCGAUCACCAUCGCCGAAGCAAAGCUUAGUUGUGGCUUUGAAAUGA